GCAAGUUCACCAUUGCUGACUUUCCUAACUUAACUACUUUAAACUUAGGAAAUAACAGUUUAGAAGAAGUAGAAAUCAAAAACUGUCCUAAGUUGGAAGAAAUUAUUGUUUCUCAUAAUAAACUAAAAGAUUUAAAAAUAGAGAAUUGUCCCAAAACAGCAGAACUAUAUGCUAGUCAUAAUCAGUUAACUUCACUAAAUUUUGAUAUUAAAGUUGGAAAUGGCAAUAGUUUUGUUGAUGGAUUGCGAAAAUUACAAGUUUUAUCUUACUCGGAUAAUAAAUUAAGCAAGGAGGAAGAAAAUAAACUUGAUGGUCUAG